AUGUGCGUGAGCCGCAUGUCCAAAGUGCUCACCGUCAGCACGGCCCUCAACGAUGACGGCAGCCUCGACGUGGAGUGCGCCAGCAUGGCAGGGCGGAGGCUACGUGUAAUCACUCUGCCACAGGAGUCCACCAUUGAAGACGUGGUAGACGCUCUCAAAAACCGAUUAGGGCUCCCAAAAGCUUAUUUUGACGUGUACGCCGCUGGCGAGAUCAUCGUGGACCGGCGCCAGCUGGCGUCCGACAGGCAGUACAUCAUGUCAGAAGACGCCUACGGGCCGGCCAGAAAGUUUCUGGCAGCGCUUUCCAAGAAGGCUUUCCACCCUAAAUGCCGCCAUUUCGAUGUGAAUUGGACAGAGAGAACAGCGCCGGAUGUGGAUCAGGCGGACGUGGCACGCUUCUUGGAAGGCUUGGGUGUAUCCAGCCGCGCAGAAACUGAGAGGCUCAUGCGAGUUUUUGGACGUCUCACGUCCGUUGCCGAAAACUGGAACAUGUUCGACCUUGCACUGCUGCAGAACUUCGACCCUGGCAUGAACACCUUCAAGCAUGCCCUGUGCGACAGCUGGCUGCAGGUGGCGCGGAGCGCCGCCAAGCAAAAGGUGUCGCGGGAUGCCUCUCCACUGUUCCUGCCCUGCGUGAAUGAGCACGGCCGAAUGAUCAGGGUUUCGCUCUUUGGCGCGGACGGAACCUUUCCUGAGUCUGUCGAUAGAGGCUUGCAGGAUUCGCUGUCUUUGUCAGAUGUGCGGCCGUGUCAUAGCCUGCACGAGUUGAUGUUUGCAGCAGCCUCCUUGCAGUGGGACGCAAAUCACGCGCAGGUCUCGCGCGAGGUGGUAGAGGAGGCUUUUCAUCUUUUCGAGCAACAUCGGCAGUGUGACAUCGUCUUGGAACCGCGCCCAACCCCAGAGGACGUGGUGAGAAUGGCCCACGUCCAGCUACUUCUGUCCUGCAACGUAGGUCCUGUGAGGGUGGAAGGAAGCCUGCCGCCCAACUUAGUUCAGUCUGUGGCGACAUUGCUGCGCUGGCACAUGCGCGUGCUUCGUUUUGGCGUCGACCAGCUCACAGGUAAGGCCCUUGAGCAGUACCUCGACCAGGAGAUGCAGGUAGCCUUUGAAAGCCAAGGCCGCUUCAGAGGUGUGCUCAUACUGGUGCUGGAUUUGCCCGACAGCCAUGACCUGCUUGGGCCAUGCCAGCAGUUGGGCCAGAACUUUGCCGAAAGCAUGCCGGUUCGCUUCGUCCUUUGUGCCCGGUGA